GGAAAUUAAUGAGUAUUUGCCUAAUUUGGAGACCUGGUUGCAGGAAAAUGUAGAUAAUACUGGUUUGGCUGAUAAUCUUGAGGAUGCCCAAGUGCAGUGUGAUGAAUUUAAGCGUCAGUACUCUCUGGAACUUGAGAAAAUAGAUAAUUUAACAGUGUGUGGUCAGGAUAUCAAUAAACAUAUUGAUGAAUUGGAUCAAGAAAUUUGGGGAUGCACUAAUAUUGAAGAGAUUCAUAUGCAACUUAAUAAUUCUGUUAUUCAUUUGUCUAAAAUUAAGAACCAAUUGAUGAUGCGUUUCAGAAAACGUAUCUCUAAUCUAGAAGAAUGUGUAGAAUACUAUUUGUUACAGUAUCGCUUUCGGAACCUCAUUAAAUCUUUAAACCAAUUAAAUUCUUUAUCUGUGCAAUCUCUAAAAGUGUGCGUGAACUUUGAAGAAGUUCCUUUAAUGGAAGAAAAAUUGAGAGAUGGCAAUCAGAAAUUAAUGAUUUUAUCACAAGAUAUAGAAAUGUUUUCAAGUGCUGUAUCUGAGUGUGUGAGUAAAGGUCAUUAUCAGUCAUCUUCUAUGACAAUUCUUAAUCGAACGUUAAUUGACAAAAACCGUUUCGUUAAAGAAAAUUUUGUGAACCGACAAAGAAUUGUACAGUUUAGUAUAGAAUUCUUCACAAAUUAUAAAAAACUACUAUCAACUAUGGAGCACUGUCAAGCACAAUUUUCUUCUCAUGAAUGUGGUCAAAGCUUAGCUGAUAUUCAGUAUCAGCAAGAUUUUCUGAAAGAACUCAAAGAUUCUCUGCAUGAAACUGUAAAUGUCGUGAAAAGCCAAGCAAAUCACUUGCUUGACAUUUAUUUGGGAUCAGAACAAGAACUAGAAACUAGUGAUAAUUGGUGUACUGAAAGUAAUACUCGAAUUCUUGUUACUCCUAAGAAAAUAAGCCAAGAUAGUGCUACUUCUGUUUGGUCGCACCAAUUCAAUCGAGCUAUUUUUGAUGGCAUAGUGCACAAAAUUGGAACUCGUUUGUCACGACUAAAUCGUCUAUGUGAAAGCCGUCUGCUAAGGCUUGAUCAAAGUAAAGAUGUAAUUCAAUUUGAAGCUGAAGUCCCUAAAAUGCUAAAAUGGCUUGAUGAGGUUACUUCAGCAUUAAAAAAGACCCGCAAUGAUUAUGGUGAUUCAAUACAAGAUGUUCAGAAGCUAUUGCAAGAUCAUGAAACAUUUUCCUUCAAUAUUGUUUCUCCAAUGCAUGAAAAAAUUGGAGAGCUCAAAAGAAGACUUGCUGGUUUUGAAAAGUCUGGUCACUAUGAUUUAAAUAGGAUUCGUAGCAUUGGUUCUCACUUAGAGCAGCAGUGGGUCAAAUUCAAUACUGAUGUUGAAACUCGCUUAUCUAACUUAAAGCUUUCUCUGUCAUUUCAGGAAAAUUCUUUUAAUGCAAAUAAUUGGUGUGUACAAUCAGAGCAGUUUGUUCAGACACUUAAUGAAAAAAUGAGCUCUUGUGACACUGCUACUGAAGCAAAAGGCCUUAAAGAUGAGCUUUCUAUUUAUCUUUCUGUCACAAAAGAAGAGCAGUUAGAUCGUGUUUCUAAGAUUAAAGAAAUCAGUGGAUUUUUGCAUAGCAAUGUUUUGAGUGAAGUGACCGCACAUUUAAAUCAAGUUACUGAACAAACUCUAAAAGAAUUUAGUCUUAUUGAUGAACAACUAGCUUCGUUACAUGUGAAACUAUGCCAAAUAGAAGAAGAAAAAGAUAAAGAAAUGAGAUUGUUGAAGCAAAAAAAGCGUGUAAUUGAAGAACUAAUUGCUACUGAAGAAGUAUAUGUUCAAGAUCUUAAACUUAUUGUUGAGACGUAUAAGCCACGAUUUGUCUCAGAGUUUUUACCAGAUAGUCUAAAAGGAAAAGAAACAAUUGUGUUUGGAAAUAUACAAUGGAUAGCUGAAUUCCAUAUUGAAACACUAUGGCCGCAAAUUCAAAGUGCUGAGAAGGACUUGGAGUCAUUGGCUCAAGUUUUUAUUGAUAAUGCUGCAGUUAUGACUGACUUGUAUGUUCCAUAUUGCCAAAAUAAAACAAAAUCGGAAGACUUGUUAGCUGGACACCGAAGUUAUUUGACAAGAGUUUCAAGUUUAUUUGGAACAGAUGUACCUCUGUCUUCAUUGCUUAUCAAACCUAUUCAGCGAAUAACUAGAUAUCCAUUACUCUUAGCAGACUGCUUAAAGUACACUAGACUGUUAGGUCAUGAUUUUAAUUUGUUACAACUUGCGGUAAAAGCUGUAGAGGAAAUUCCUAUUCAAACUAAUAAUGCUAUUCAUUUAAGUCUUUUAAAGUGUGAAGAGGGACUCAAAUGGCAUAAAUUUGGUGAACUAUUAUACCAAGGCUUAUUAUUAGUUUCAGAGCCACGUUUGUUAAUUACAACUGAAAAGGAACGUCACGUGUUUUUAUUUGAAAAUACUGUUGUUUUUGCUAGAAAAAUUGACCUUGGGCAAGCAAAAUUCUCAUAUGAAUAUAAGUUUAAGAUUCCGCUCACUUCUGGUGUUCAAAUAAUUGAAAACAUUGAUGGAGAGCCAUUGAAAUUUGCUUUUUUCACAGUUGAUCAUCGUAUGCAUUUAAAGUGUUCUAGUAUAGAUGUUAAGAAGUCUUGGGUAAGGUUUAUGAAGUCCUCCAUUCAAAAGCACAUUGAAGAAAAAGAUAGCAAGUUGCGAAGUUUGUCUAUAUCAGGGAACCGUUUGCGUUCUAAUGCUGUCUGUACUAGUGAUGCUUUAGCUAAAGACCUGUCACUUCAGUCAUCUCCUUAUUUACCACGUCGACCAAGUUCUCCAUUCUCAAAAACACGUAUUGAUCUGUCAAAGAGUGUCCAAAAUUCUUCUCCACCAGUUUCAUACAAACGGUUUCGUGUAAAAGAUGACUAUAUUCCAUUACACAAUGAUCAACAUGGAUUGUUGUUAAAGAAAAACCAAAUAAUUGAAGUAAUGGAGCAGUUAGAUACAGGAAGAUGGUUUGUUCAAGCCACCAGCAUUACAGGACAGGUUGAACAUGGAUGGGUUCCUUCAUCAAUGCUUGAACCUGUAGUUGCUACAGUUGAUCAUGGGACAUCUGAAAAUUGGAGUAUACAGUCAAGAAGGCAUACUGAAUCAAGUGCUAAGGAUUUUGCAAGUCAUCAGGUCAUUAAUGCUCUAAAGAAGGCUACACUUGGUGGUAUAAUGUCAACGGAUCAGUCAGCAGGAGAAGUAGAUUUUUUUGAAGGCACUGAAGUAGGAAAAAAAGACAAAAAUGAAAGUAUUGAAGCAGUUUCUUCCAUGAAGCUGUCACAUAAAGGACAGGGCAUCACACCUGAUGAUAUAAAUUCAAAAUUGAAGAGGAAAGGAGUAGUUCGUAAGCGAUCAAGCAGGACGCAACAUACUAGUCAUCGUGAUCAAGGUUUAAGUAGUGGUGACGAUGAAAAUUUCAACACCUCAGGUCUUGAUGCUACAGAUGAGCAAGUUAAAAAGGCCAGAGAAAAAAUUCAGUACAUCAUGGCUGAAUUAUAUGAGACUGAAGUCGAGUAUGUGAAUAGUCUUCAAAAGCUUGUUGAUGGAUUUAUUCACAAUAUUGUUGCCAAUCCUACGCUUCCAGAAGCACUCCAAGGAAAGGAAAAGAUGAUUUUUGGAAAUGUUUCUAAUAUUUAUGAGUUUCACAAGUAUGUGUUUCAAGAACUUUUAGAGAAGGCUCAAAAUUCAUUAGAAGCAGUGGCACAGUGCUUUCUUGAUAAGCACUCUGAAUUUAAGCUCUAUGUCAGCUAUUGUGAAAAUAAACCAAAGUCAGAGUCUUUUAUCUGGACUUAUAUACAUCAAGGAGGCACUUUUUUUAAGGAUUUGCAGCUGAAACUUGGAUUUAGAGAAGAUAUAGCAUCAUUUUUGAUUAGACCAGUUCAGCGCAUUACAAAAUACCAGUUAUUGUUAAAAGACCUUCUCAAAUCAUCUCAAAAAGCUGGAUGGAAUGUGCCUUUGUUAGAGCAAGCCUUGCAGUUAAUGCAAGAUGUGCCUAAGCAAGCAAAUGAUGCAAUGGCUUUAAGCAUGAUUGUGGGCUAUCACGGAAAUAUUCAUGCUAAUGGGCAGAUAGUGUUACAAGAUGAAUUUACUGUUUAUGAAAGGGCGAGGUGGGCUGUUGGGGCUCAUCGUCAUGUUUUCUUACUUGACCUAAUGAUGAUAAUUACAAAAGAAAAAGAUAAUGAUGGACUUUAUGUUUUUAAAGAUUUUCUAAAAGUACAUAAUAUGACUUUAACUGAAAAGCAAGCUGAUAGUCCUUGUCGUUUUGCUGUUGGAACUGGCCAAAUUGGUGACUGGGACAAAUAUUACAUACUGGAGGCUUCUAGUACAGAAAAAAAGCAAGAAUGGAUUCGCACCAUUAAAGAAAUUCUAAAUCAACAAUUUGAAAUGUUGAAAGCUCUUAAGCAGCCAAGUGCUCGUAGCCGGAGCAGUACUGUUGAAAUUGAUAUUUUGCCACAGAAGAGAUGCUCGCCAUGUCAUGACUCACUUUCUAAACACUCAGAUGUGUUGCAAGACAUGAGUGACUCUAGUUUAGAUGAACUUGGUUCAGACGAUGAUAUCAGUAGUACUGGAAAUCAAGAAAAUGGUACUGAAGAAGCAACAAAGGAAAAAUUUAAUCUCUAUGUUGCAGAGGAAGACUGUCCUGCACCUAUUCAAGGACAAUAUAUUUUUAAUUUAAAAAAAGGCCAAGUUUAUGAUGUCAUCAAUUCAAUGGGAGAUUGGUGGCUUGCCAGAAUACUUAAAAGUGAUUCAAUUGGGGAAUAUGCACCUGGCACUGAAGGUUGGGUACCAAGAACAUUUAUGGCACCUUAUUGUGGGGAAAGUCCAAUACUAAGUGAACCAACUAAAGAUAGUAAAUUCAAUUUAAAAGAAAGUGGCAGCAACGCAAGACAUAGCUUAACAUCAAUGAAGCCUGAACGAAGUAAAAAGAAGUCUAAGAAUAUGUUCAGUUCUCCAUUAUAUACUAUUGUCCAUGCAAGAGGGAAGAUGAUGGGCGUAAAAUGGUUCAAUGUGAGGUGUUGCAACUGGUAUCAUGAAGAUUGUAUCCCACCAUUCAGUGAAGACAAAUCAUGGCUCUGUGAAAGUCGAGGUAUCGGUAAAAGUUGUCCAGCACUCUGACAGAUCUGUGAUCUAUUAAAACAUAAACAGGCCUUUAUUUAGACCAUUAUUGUAUAUACAUGUACAUGCACACAGCAAUAAUUUAUGUCAAAAUAAAUUAAUAAAACAGAACACACCUUAUUACACACCCAUAUUUGGACUAUCCAGGCCUAAAAUCCAGAUAAAAAAUCCAAAAAUCCAAUUAUCCUACCAAAAAUCCAAUUAUCCUACCAAAAAUCCAAAAUAAGUAUCAGUAAAUCCAAUAAUUCAAGUGAAAAUCCAUAUGAAAUACUUGAAAAUCCAGUAAUCUAGGAAAUCCAAAAAAAA